CUGGCCGAAGCGCGGAGUACCUGUCUCCAAAAUCAAAUUGAGGAGACGAACAAGAAGGCACUCGCCCUCGGAAAUGAUCUUAUUAAUACUCGUGACGAAAAAGACAAGGUUCUGACAGAUUUGCAGCAUAAGCUCGACGCGCUUUUGCAAGACAACAUGGAGAAACAAGAAGAGUGUCACAAAAUCCAGGAGAGGCUCACAGGUGUCCUAGCAGAACGAGCGGAUCUUGAGAGCAGCAAGCUGAAGACAAAGGAUGAAAUCCACGCAGUCCUUAAGCGAGUUCAAGACUCAGAAGCGUGGGUAAACAAACUCAAGGAGCUUCUCGGUCGCGCAGGUCUCGCGGCGGCUACAGACUCGCUUGCGGAGGUCUGGAGCAGGUUUGAGGUGACUUUGCUCUCUACGGCUGGCAUUGCGCUUGAGAGUCGACAUGAUAUUCGGGUCAAUCCUGUUGAAGAAAGGUCCCUCGGUGCCAGUAGCGGUGGAUUGCUUCCCCAGGAGGAUAUCGAAAAGCCUGAGCAGAUCAAUUCCAAGUUGACAAGAGCCGCUACUACAGUACCUGACAGCCAGGCAACCACUUGUCUUUCACCAGCAAGGCGAAGCGACAAAAUCAGUAAUGACGAGGCUUCUGUGGACUCAAUGUGCUUGUUGAAGUCAGGUAUUGUUCCGUUUUCCAGCAUCCAGCAGCAAUCCCCUCGCACUGAAUGCCUGUUCCCAAGCAACGACAGCUUUGACCUCGCAGCCAUGCUUAUAUUCACUCCGGAAAGGGGAUCAGUGGUUGAUAGCUCCACCAUGGCAGAACUAGCUGCGAACUGUUCUACAAGCUCGCCUCAGCGUAAGGGACAAGACUCGAUGGAAGGGCAACAGAACUCCCCAUCAAAAAGUUCUCCGAAGGCCGCAAGCCCUAAGGAUGACGGCAGUCCACGCAGAGUUGAAAAAGCACCCACGGUACUCAAGCUACACUUGAGUAGUGGAAACAGCAGACCGGGUGAUAACAGAGCGAAGCACAGAUCAGUCACAUUCGAGACUAAAGUCCCAGAUCCGCAAAAAGGGAAACGCAAAUUACACGAUAUGGAGACUGCUCACAGCCAGGGUAGCUCCGCAGACAGCUUCGAUGAAGAUAAUUCCAUGCGUUCGCGAAGAACAUACUCUAAGCAGCAACAGCAGUCAAUGACUCGGAUUCAGGCGAAGUCCAAGGGUCCAGCAGCAAGCGCCUCCAAAGAAGACAUUGCACAUGAAGUCACUGAAGCUGGAACGCCCCGCUCUAUCAUGAACAAGAGGACUAGAGUAUCCUUCGACACAAUCAAGACUACAUCGCAGACGAAGACAGUGACGGAGUACUUCGAUCGCAAAACGAGCCCUGAAAAGCUUGCUUCUGGAAGCAGUAGACCUGCGCUGGAUGAUAAUCAAACUGGAUUCCAGAAGCCGACUCGAGGUGGUAGAGGCGGCGGCCGAAAAACAAGAGCCGAGGAAAGUAAAUUCCAGUAAGAUAUGCCCAAUUCGAGGACUCUUCCACGCCGAUAAUGGUGUUAGUAUGUGAUAACAUCAAAUUCUUUUUGCUCG